AUGGCAGACAGAGACUGGAGAAAUCAAACAGUUGUCACAGAAUUCAUCCUCCUGGGAUUUGGGGAUCUCCCUGACCUGCAAAUUCUUCUCUUCCUGAUGUUCCUAGUGAUCUACAUCGCAACCGUGACUGGGAACAUCCUCAUCACUGCACUAGUUGUGGCUGAUCAACACCUUCACACCCCCAUGUACUUCUUCCUGGGGAACUUGUCCUGCUUGGAGACCUGCUACACCUCAACCAUCCUGCCCCAGAUGCUGGCCAGUCUCCGGAUGGGGGACAAAACCAUCUCAUUCAGUGGCUGCAUCACACAACUGUAUUUCUUUUGUGCUCUGGCGGCUACAGAAUGCUAUCUCCUAGCAGCGAUGUCUUAUGAUCGUUAUUUAGCAAUAUGUAAACCCCUGCACUAUACAGCUCUUAUGAAUACCAGGUUUUGCCUCCAGUUGGCUGCUGGAUCAUGGUUAAAUGGUUGUUUGGCUACUGCCAUAUUUGUAUUAUUCAUGUCUCACUUAAUAUUCUGUGGCCCGAAUGAAAUUGACCAUUUCUAUUGUGAUCUCAUCCCAUUGAUAAAACUUUCCUGCAGUGACACACAUCUGGUCAUAUUGCUAAAUUUCGUACUGGCCUGUGUAUUCACCCUGCCUCCAUUCUUACUAACACUGACAUCCUAUGUGUGUAUCCUCAACACCAUCCUGAGAAUCCCUUCCACCACUGGGAGGCAAAAGGCAUUUUCCACCUGCUCCUCUCACCUCAUCGUGGUGACAAUUUACUAUGGAACCCUAAUGAUUGUCUACAUGCUACCGAAUCGUGAAACAUUAAGCUUCCUCAACAAAGUGCUCUCUCUUUCCUACACAGUCGUGACUCCCCUGGCAAAUCCCCUCAUCUACAGCCUGAGAAACAGAGAGGUCAAGGAAGCCUUGAACAAAGCAGUCAGUAAAUGGGGCUUUCACAAAAACAUGCAGAGACUCCUAGAUUAUAACUUUGCCUAA